AUGAGUGUGGUGAGAGAAACAACAUCAUUGACCCAACCACUGACGUCCUCCAAACGGCACAAGAGUGUGAGAAAGAGCUCCAGGAAGAUCUACACACCUUACCAGGAUAAUCCAGUUUCCUCAGAUGAUGAAGAUAAGGAUGCAGAGCAGGUGGACAGUAACGAUCCUGAGGAAAUGUUCCAGAAUAUUCAGCAUCAGAAGGAAAUCAUCGCCAACAUCCGAACACGGCCCUGGCCAAUGAGACGCAAGCUCAAAGCCUUAAAGCAGGCCAGGGAGAUCGUGCUGAAGUAUGAAGGCAGGCUGACCAGGACACGAGGAUACCAGGCUGCAGGGGCAGACCUGUUAAAGAAGAUUUCAAGAGUUCUCUACAACAUCCUUGUUUUAUUCAUCCCAUGGGAAAUGAGGAUUAAAAAGAUUGAAAGUCACUUUGGAUCUGGUGUGGCCUCAUACUUUAUUUUCCUACGAUGGCUAUUUGGGAUUAACAUUGUCCUCACAAUUAUGACUGGAGCCUUUAUUGUCCUUCCUGAGCUCCUUGCUGGUGCUCCUUUUGGCACCACACGCAGCAAAACCAUCCCAAAGGACCAAAUCGCCUCAGCUCAGGACCUUGACACCAUCUGGUCACUUGGGGGUUACCUGCAGUAUUCUGUGCUUUUCUAUGGCUAUUACGGAAACGUGCGUAAGAUUGGCAGCGCCGGCUACCGCCUGCCCCUGGCCUACUUUCUUGUUGGGAUGGCUGUUUUUGCCUACAGUUUCAUCACUCUCUUAAGAAAAAUGGCAAAGAACUCACGGUUGAGUCUAUCCAGUGCUUCCAGUGAGAACUACACGUUCUGCUGGCGAAUCUUCUGUGCCUGGGACUACUUGAUCGGCAAUCCCGAGGCUGCUGAGAGCAAAGGAGCAGCAAUAGUCAAUAACAUCAGGGAGGCCAUUGUGGAAGAGCAAGAGAAGAAGAAAGAGACCAGCCUAGCAGUUUUGAUCAGCUUGCGGAUUCUGGCCAACAUCCUGGUCCUGCUCUCACUGGCAGGCAGCAUCUACAUCAUCUACUUUGUUGUGGAUCGCUCACAGAAGCUGGAGCAGCAGAAAGCAGAGCUAACUCUGUGGGAAAAGAACGAGGUGAGUGUAGUGGUCUCCCUCAUCACAAUGAUCGCUCCCUCUGCCUUUGAGCUGGUGUCCCAGUUGGAGAUGUACCACCCAAGAACCAGCCUUCGUUUCCAACUUGCCAGGGUGCUGGUGCUAUAUCUUGGAAACCUCUAUAGUCUGAUAAUCGCCCUGUUGGACAAAGUGAAUAGCAUGAGCUCUGAUAUUCCAGGAAACUGGUCUGAUUCCACCUCUUACCUGGCCACCAUUUCCCAGCCUGCAGAGACUAACCUGUCCACCAUCGUCCCAGAGAUCACUGAGGGGAGGAAUGGCACUUUCACCAUGGCUGUAAUGGAGCUGAACCGUACUACCAUCACUGUCAAGCACGGUGUUGUGUCUGGACCAUCAGCACUAGUACUAACUGGAAUCAACCAUUCCAUACUAUAUGAAUACAAUUUCAAAACCCAGCAGGAUCCAUGCUGGGAGACCUAUGUUGGGCAGGAAAUGUUGAAGCUCUCGAUCAUUGACAUGAUCUUCACUGUGGCUAGCAUUUUGUUGAUCGAUUUUAUCCGGGGCCUGGUGGUUCGAUACCUGAGCGACUGCUGCUGCUGGGAUCUGGAGAGCAAAUUUCCUGAAUAUGGUGAAUUCAAGAUAGCUGAAAAUGUCCUACAUCUAAUAUACAACCAGGGAAUGAUAUGGAUGGGGGCCUUCUUCUCACCCUGCCUGCCUGCCUUCAAUGUGCUGAAGCUAAUUGGACUCAUGUACCUGAGAAGCUGGGCUGUGCUCACCUGUAAUGUUCCUCAUCAGCAGGUCUUCCGGGCAUCCAGAUCUAAUAAUUUCUACCUGGCUAUGCUCCUCUUCAUGCUCUUCCUCUGCAUGCUACCAACCAUCUUUGCGAUUGUGAGGUACAGGCCAUCACAGCACUGCGGACCUUUUAGUGGUCAAGAGAAGAUUUAUGACAUCAUCUCUGAGACAAUAGACAAGGACUUCCCUGUGUGGUUUAGUAAAGUGAUGAGUUACGUAACAAGUCCUGUGGUGGUUCUGCCAGCUCUCUUGCUUCUCUUCAUGCUGAUCUACUACCUGCAGUCCAUCGCCAGGUCUCUCAAAUUCACCAACAACCAGCUUCGAAUGCAGCUUCAAACUGAACGCACAGAUGACAAGAAGAAAGUGUUUCAGUUGGCUGCAGCACGUCUCCAGCCACCUGAGGGCAGUGAGCAAAAACCCGAGCAGGAGAGUGACAUCACCAGCAUGGAGUCGCCAGCACGGUCUGCUUCCCCUCCACGUCGCAACGGCAGCAUCAGCAAAAUUCUUUCACCUGGCAGGCGCAGCAACAGCAUCCGCACAAUUGCCCAAUCAGCCUCUAGGCCAGAUGACAGGAGUCCCUCCAUCCUUGUGAGACCCAAGCCUAGCAGUGUUUACAGAGUAUUCGGCAGCCCCUCCGUUCCCCAGAGGGAGAUUCACAGGGCGGAAUACAUCCCCGUCAGGCAUCCAGCCUAUCCAGGCCGAGCCAAAUCAUACCACCACAUGGCCUACAAUCCUUCUGUGUGUUUCUCUGAGAGUGUCCACUCAGACCCGGUGUUCAGGAAGAGCCUCAGGCCCAUGCACCCAGAGCCUGGUAUUGUCACAGCGCAGAGCUACCUGGGCCGGCGUCCUCACACCACCCGUUAUGUCAUUCUAAAUGAGCACGAACCACGCAAGAAGAUUAUGCGUUCCACCAUGCGUCUGCCAAGGCACUACCAUGUGGUAGAUGAGCCAGCUGAGAUUGUGGAGCUUUACCCUCGCAAUGUAAAGUGCUACAUUCCCCGGAGUCAGCAGCCCCACCUUAGUGAAGAAGACGAAGAAGAUGAAGCUCACGACGGUGGAAAAAGAGGGUCUUUAGGACACUCACACCGCCCAAAGUCACUCUCCGAUCUCCAUCAGAGAUCACCGGCACGCUUUUACAUUGGUGAAACUCUGGAUAGUCGCCUGGCACGGAGAGUGUAUGGAGAGGAAGAAGAGGGAAAUUAUAUGGAGUGGGAGGAGGAAGGCCCUCGUAGCCGCUCCCGGACAUGUAUUAAUGUCCCAGAAACACUACACAGGCAUGGAGAACCUCAUGUCAAGCCCAAGAACAAACGCAAGGGGGAACCAUCACUGACCGAGUCAGAUUCUGCCUCACUGGAGUCCAGCAGUGACCAGCAAAACAGCAGCACUGACCAGUACAUCCAGGUCAUCCACAGCAAAGAAAAAUACCUAAAACACAGCACUAAGAUGACUAAAAAGAAGUCCAAAACCAGCGCUGAAUUGAACACGACUGGAUCAAAAGAUCUAGUGUGCUCAAAUGUUUGACUAAAGUCACUGCAAAUAUUAUAUCAACUAAGGUUCCAAUAGUUGUGUUGCACAAAUGCUGUCUUAUUAACAUGUUUUAAAGCACAUAUUGUAGGCAAGACUCCAGCAUCCAAAAUGUAGGACCUAAAUGUUUUGCAAAUGUAAUUUUCUGUAUGUAAUAUUAUAAAGUGAUAUCAAGAUCUUCAGUAUAUACAACCCCUGGCAAAAAGUUAUGGAAUCACAAUACUUAGAGGAUGUUCACCUGGCUUUUUACUUCGUAGCAAAUAAACAAAUCACAGAUAUGACAGAAAAGAUCAUGGAAUUAUUAUGGAAUCCCUCAGUGUUGUUGGGGGGGGGGGGGGGAUCACAAUUAGUACUUUUUUUCUCCUCCUCACGCUUUUAUAACUGACGGGAUUCUUUGAGGCAUGGAUUUCACUAAUGAAAAACAAUAAUCUCCAUCAGGCUGGUUCAAACUUUCUUGAAUAGCAGUUGACAGAUCAGCUUUGAAGGCCUUGUCAUGGACCAAUUUUUUACAUUUCCACCAUACAUUUUAAAUUGGAUUGAAAUCCAGACUGUUUGCUGGCCAUGGCAUCUAUUAAUUUUUGCCAGGGUUUGUACAGUAUGUAAUAUAAAGACUAAUUGGAACGGAACCUGCCUAUAGCAUAAAUGUGCAAAUUCCUAUGAUAGAGGUUAUUUUCCCGAGAGAUCACACAUAAUCUUUAAAGAUUUUUGAUUGAGAUAUACAUGGUGGAUAAAUUUAAGAUAAGUGUUGUUAAUGCCUGUGAUGGAAAAACUACAUACUUUGUAAACUAGAUAGAAUGAAAAAUGUCAUCUGAAAUUGAAAACUAUACUAGAAUAAUAUACACUUAUUUACAGCACUUUGGAAUAUGCUUUUCUGGAUUACGUAGCAUGGAAUUCAAGUAGGGACAACUUUCUGCCCACAUUUAUUGAGCUUGUUGAGUUUUUCCCAUCUCUAAUGGGAAGAACAUUUUGGACAAAUGUUUUUUUCAUCUACAACCCAAAUAGUGCUUUAAACCCUGUGGUCUUCCUUCAAAUCUGCACUUUGUUGACAUACAAUGUAGGGACCCAUGAUGCAACAGUCCUCAAUGGUGCAUGAAGUUAGAAGCUGAGCAGACACGCAAUGUGGUCACAAACUUGAUGCUUCAUUACUUAUUCAAAAUCCUUUGCAGGUGCAUGGCGGUGACCUGUGAAACUAUGAAACCUGGUUUCAUGAGAAAUUUGUAUGAAUUCUAACAAAGAAGGGAAAUGUGGGUGGAUUUAGUUAAAUCUGUUACAAAUGAAGUCAUAAGAACAUCCAAAUGAUGCUAACUUGCAAGUUAGGUUAGCAAAUUGUUGUUACAAAUUACAAUUUUUUAAAGAUGUGUAUGACCAUGUUGGGGAAAUUGAGGGAAAAUAAAGUUUUGAGUAAUUUUAUCA